AUGUCCACUAAUGGCGCUCGAGGGUCACCCAACAGACGCAAAUCUAUCGCGGUAGCCAACCAGAAUCGACCUCUUCAUCCAGGCAAGAAGCGGCGAGCACAUUCAAUUGCACCUGGCGACAAGAUCAAUCUUGCUUCGAAAGCGCGUCGCUCACUGGCUCCCCGGAAAAGUAUCCUCAAAGCAGCAGUCAAUAUCCAGGAGGAUGAUGAUGCCACACAAUCCAUGGAUCUUACCCAUGUUCACGAAAACACGCGAAAAUCUCUUGCACGGCGCGUCAGCUUCGCAGACCGGGCACAUGUUCGGCUAUUUGAAACACAGGAACAGAAUACGAAUAGCACUGCUUCCCCGCAGUCCUCGCCUAUGCAGGAUGCAGUCGAACGAGGCCCUACGGAUGAGAAUGCGUAUCCUGGGGCAAGUAACUUCCGUCGUCGAAGUUCAAUUCGAUCCAUCGCUUUCAGUGACGGUGCAGGAGAGGAAUCCAUGGAUAUGGACUCCGAUGAUACAGCUUUUGGGCCAGCUGCAUAUCUACGGGCUCAAAAUGAGGAGACAGGUGUUGACGAUGACUUUGCGGAUGAUGACUUAAACUUUGAUGACGACGACGACGACAUGGAAGUCACUGAAGCCAUCCAGGCCAAUAUCCAAAAGCGACGCUCCUUAGCACUUGCACCCUCUCGUCAACCCCUUGCAAAUGUAACCUCGCCACCAAAGAAUCAUGACGAGGGCAGUCAGCAGCAGACUCCUGCCGAUCAGUCAUAUACUGAAGAAGACUCCCGCCAAUCUCAGUCAUUCGUGUCUGAAGGCGACGUCUCUCAGCCAAUGGAGUUCACAGUUCCCCUCAUCCGUCCACCUGUCCCGCCAAGUGAAGCUUGGCUUGCUCUUCGAUCAAUAACCCACUCUGGUGAUACGCCAUAUGUCCCCUCAUCCGAUGAAGAGGACGAACAUGGGGGACAAGACAUGGAGAUUACCGACGCUCUCACGAGGCUCCAAGCAGCUCGCGAAUCUCUCGGGUUCGGAAAUGAAAUAGAUGUCGAAGAAUCUGAACAACAGCAGAACCACAGUUUCACCAGCUCCGAAGAUAGCUUUGCACAUGAUGAUGUCGAGAACGACGGCAACCAGACUAUCAACGUCACUCAGCUUAUGCGUCGGGUGAGUCUUGGUACUGGUACCGGGGAUUGGAAUUCUACUAUGGAGAUCACGUCCACGUAUGACAGUCAGGAGGAGCCAAGUGGGGACCAGCCUGACGCCGAAGGCUCGGCCCUUUCGUCCUCUUCAACAAAACCAACAUCUGAGGCUCAUGGGAGUGUCUCUCAGGCCGAACCACAGGAAUAUGUUCAUGAGGAGCCAGUAGCUAGACCAGCCGUGUUCAAACCAGCCCUACCAUCUGCAGAGAUCAUAAAUGCAUUGCCACCCGCUCCUGUUCCACGACCUGCCACGGUUCCCAAGCCAUCCUCAUUUUCCUUCACACCUCGCGGACAACUUCCAGUGUCACCAGUCCGCCCUCGUCCUCCUUCACCUACUAAAUCCGUAUCG